GAGGGCUGCAGCUGCUCACUUUCAAGGGCAGGAGGAGGUUGUGUUAAGACACAGCACUGAUGUGGUCUUGAAUCUGGGGAGGUGAAGCUGUCCAGGCAGGAGUUCCAUGCCCUGGGUGAGGAGAGUGGGGGUUUGGAACACAUUCUUUGGGCCUUUUAUCAUCAUCAUCUUCUUGCAGCUCUCUCUGAAACUCUCCCUCCUGUGUCCAGGAAGCCCCUGGGGGUUGUUGGGAUCUCAUGAGCACAGCUCUCUCUUUGCCUGCUUGCCCUCCAAGAGAGCUUUAGGGUCAGGGGAGAGACUCUGGGGCUCAGGCCCUGCGCUCUGUGAGGUGCUGAAGUGGUUUUGUGUCCCUCUUAGUACCACAUACAUCACCUGCCCUGCUGACCCAAAGAAGACCCUGGGCAUCAAGCUGCCUUUCCUGGUGAUGAUCAUCAAGAACCUGAAGAAGUACUUCACUUUUGAAGUGCAGGUGCUGGACGACAAGAACGUGCGGCGGCGCUUCCGGGCCAGCAACUACCAGAGCACCACCAGGGUGAAGCCUUUCAUCUGCACCAUGCCCAUGAGGCUGGACGAGGGCUGGAACCAGAUCCAGUUCAACCUCUCCGACUUCACUCGCCGCGCCUACGGCACCAACUACAUCGAGACCCUGCGCGUCCAGAUCCACGCCAACUGCCGCAUCCGCCGCGUCUACUUCUCCGACCGCCUCUACUCGGAGGACGAGCUCCCAGCUGAGUUCAAGCUCUACCUGCCUGUCCAGAACAAGGCCAAGCAGUAACACCACGAUGGGAAGAGGUGCCAGGAAUGCUUGGGGGCUGUAGGAGAGCCAAAAGCAAGUUGGAAGAGGAGGUCCUGCUGUUGAGACUCAAGUUUUAGCCUGCUGCCUGACCUGAGGGGGGCACAGAGGGCUUGCUCCAAGUGGCCACUGUGCCCCUGAAGAGAGGAUUCAGCAGCAGCAGCAGCAGUCCAAGGCUUCAGUGAAGUGCUGCCCCUCUGGGAAGGCACUGAUGGGAUUUUGUUCUCACUUCCUUGGUUUCCAUCUCUUGUACUCAGUGUGGCUGCCAAGCCUCCCCCUUGGAAGGUUAUUAAAUGUUUG